AUGGGUAGAGUGAGCGAAAUCUGGUAUUCCUACACGGCUGAGCAGAAGCGCAACAUUGGCUUCUACGUUGCUGGAAUCAUGAUGUACAAGUUCGGCCUUGAGUUUUUCAACGGCUCGAUCACGACUCUAGCAACGGAUCGCUUCAAGGCCACGAACGCUUUCACCAAAUUGGGUGCUGCUCAGGGUGUCAACCAAGCAGCCCAGUGCGUCGGUGCGAUUCUCAUCGCACCCCUAAUCAGGAGAUGGCCCACCCGUUCCGUCCUUGCUGGCGCCAUUUUCUUCUUCGGUCUGAUGACGGCUAUUCUCCUCAUCGUCGAUGCAUCUACCGGCGGUAAAAUCAAACCAGAUGGUGCCAAGACCCCUGUCUAUGGAGACUGGCACCCCAACUUGAUCUUUGUCAUUUGGACUCUUUCAGGUGUAUGUUACGGUAUGGUUGAACUCAUCCGCCGUGUCAUCCCUGCAGACAUUGUCGGUGGAAAUGCCGGAAAGCUGCGUCGAAUGGAUGCCGUUGUGCAUAUAUUCUAUGAAGUUGCUGGAACAUCUGGCGCCUUUUCUUCAUCUUCGGCAAUCAGUCGGUUUGGAAACAAUUAUAGCUUUUUCAUGACUCCUGUGUUCUUCGCGCUUGCAGGAACUCUCUGGAUUUUCGUCAGUACGCUGAGUUUCAAAAGCAGUGAAGCCAUUCAGGAAGAGCUUGAACAAGCUGGUCUCGCCGAGGUCGACAACAAGAAGGCCCGUUCAAACAAUUAUUUGGUUCAAGUUGGAUAUGGUGCAAUUGCAUUCGGAGAGUCGAUCUAUGUUGGCUCGAAGAUUGUUUUAACGAACAGGCGCUUCAUCUGGCUCCUUCCUUCAUAUGCGAUUGCUCUCUAUAUGCACAGAUUCUUGGAGAACUCGCUCGCACCUGCCUUUGCCAAACGAAUUCUUGGCACCUCUGCUUGGAGUCAGAUCAUCGUUGGUGGCUCAAAUUUCGGAGAGCUCCUCGGUGCCUUUGCCGUUCUCAUUCUUUCUGACCUUGUAACCACCCCUCUUCCUUGGUUGCGCCUCGAUGCUCUUCUCUUGAACAUCGUCUGGAUUCUGCCGGUCUUUGCCAAGUCUGCCACCAAAGAUGUCUCUGUGGCAUGGAAAAUUGCAGGAUGCUUCAUUCCUAUCUCUUGGGGAUGGGCAGCUGGCGACGUCUCUCUUGCCGCAUACAUUCAGUCCACCUUGUCAUCUGAUCCUAAAUUCCGUCACGCAAAUGUCUCUGCUCUCGGAGCAGUUAUGGCGUUCUUGUACUCGACAUACAUCGUCCUUAAUGCCGUUUUCAGCUCUGUGCUCGGCAAGGUCUUCGAUAGAGACUUUUCAAAAAAUGGAAACAUCCUACAUUCGCUCAAAACAGUGGGAGGUGUACACUUCUCCGUUGCGUGCGCAGUCAUCCUUCUAUCUACGCUUAUACCCAAAGGAGCCUUUGCGCUGAACCCCAAGACUCUCGGCUCUCCAAGCGCUCCAGAACAGGAGCAAACAAACUCAGAAAGCGAGGAUGGAGAAGAUAUGAAGAAGAGCGUCCCUGCUGACUUGGAGACUCUGGAGAAAUCUAGAUCAUAA